AUGUACUCAUUUAAUCAACGUCCGGAUACAGUCGUUAUCGAUGAACCAUUUUACGGAAUUUGGUUAAAAAAAGUUGAUAAAAAAGAUCAACCAUGCUUUGAUGAAGUGAUGCAAACAAUGGAAUGUGACGACGUGGAAAAGGUUCAUGAUGAAAUUGAAAACCAGGAAAAAAUAAAGGGCAAUGUUUUUGUUAAAAAUAUGUCCAAUAUCAUAGAACUUACAAAUAAGAAUCGUCUAUUGAACUAUCGUCACAUAAUUCUUAUUCGUGAUCCUGCUGAGACUAUCGUAUCUCAUUACAAGAUAGAUCAUUUGAUAGUUUCACAAUAUGGAUGUCUAAAAGAUCAAGUGACAUUCUACGACUGGAUAAAAAUGGCUACAAAACAAGAUCCAAUUGUUGUUGAUGGUAAUGAAAUAAGAAAAGAUCCACAAUCCGUAUUGACACAGAUGUGCGAUCGAUUGGAUUUGCCAUUUACGGAUAAGAUGUUAUCGUGGCCAACUGGUUUGAAAUCUUGCGAUGGUGUUUGGGCUAAAUUUUGGUAUAGCGACCUACAUUCGACAACUGGAUUUAGACCACCAUCUGGAAUUAAAAUAACGGAGAAUGAUAUUCCCAUGGAACAUAUACCUUUCUAUCGUGAAGUUUUACCUUAUUAUCAAAAACUUCUAUCACACAGUAUCCGAGCGUAA